AUGCAUAGAACCGCAUACCAUGAUGUCAUGCCAAAAACACUUUAUUAUAGAACAGAUGGGUCUGGGCGUGACACAUAUAUUGCAUAUGACAAUGGAGGAGUCUUUCAAUCUACUGCGAAAUUCCCUUCAAGUCAGACAGCGAAAUCAGUAAUUAGACCAAGAAGCUCAUACUCAAGACCUUCAGCGAAGUCGUUAAGAUAUGCUCCAGAUGGCUCUGGAAGAGAUAGCUAUAUUAAGUGUGGGGACGGAGGUCUCCAUGCCUCAAGUACACCUAAAGAGGGGUUAAGAGUAUUUAAUAAUUAUUUCUACAACAAAAAAAAUUGAAUUUAACUUCAUAAGAAUACCAAUUUUUAAUAUUUUGAUUUUUUGUCUACCCCUUUUAAUUUGUUCCUUAUUGGAUUAAAAAUUUUAAAUUUUAAAGAAUCUCUAUUUUUUAGAUUAUUGAGUUUUUUAAGCCCAUGCUAAUGACUAAAGCACUUCGGAUGGUUGAUUCCAUAGCUUCUUGUCGUCUCAAAGCCUCUGAAAACAGGCUUAUUAGGCACAUCUUCCCAAGCUUUUGAUAACUAAUAUAUUUUUAUAUAUAUAAAAAUUUGCAUGAUAUAAAAAAUCAUUCGAUCAAGAAUGGGGUUAAUUUUCCCAAAUUUUAGGAAUUUUUAUAGUCAAUCGUUCGAUCAAGGAUGGGGGGGAGUAAAGAUUUUUUUAUCAACUUUUCGGGAAAGUUUAAGAACCAAUGAUUGUUUUUUGACGAGGACAAUUUCGGACCCAUUUUCGUGGGCUCAGCUAACUUGGAGGGAUAAUAGGACUAGAAGUAUUAGUAGAGAAAAGAAAAGACGAGUCCAAGAUUGCGUUAAUAGGCUUUAUUAUAACAAAAGAAGCCACUAA